AUGGUGAAUUGGUCAGACCCCGCCGAAAUCGCGAAAGAUAGUCUUGUCUUCCAACGGCUCAUCUUCGCAAUUUUCGGUGUCUGUCUCUGGGAGCUUUUCACCACCUGUGGUUUCGAAUGGUCCUUAAUUACGCGUCGUCUCUUUUUCUUUCUAUCUCGCUACUGUAUCCUAUUUGCCUUCAUCGGACUCAUUAUCUCCCUGUCUGUCACAACACGGAUAAACUGUAACGCCCUGUAUACAUUCAACGGGUGGGCAGGCAACAUGACCAUUUUGUGUGCUUCGACGUCUCUCAUGCUCCGCACAAUGGCUUUAUGGGAGCGCCGUAAGAGCGUUGUCAUUCCACUAUCGCUUCUCUGCGCGGCGCAUUGGGGACUCCUUUAUCGCACGAUGUUCAUUGUUCAUGCAGCCUGGGAGGACACCGCUAGCGCUUGUGUCGUAGUGCAAACCAAUCCGGGAAUACUCAACGUAACGUUCUUUUUCACCAUGGGUUUCGAUUUCGUCAUCCUUUGUUUCACAGCCGUGGCUCUGAUCUCCAAACACACCGCUCGUACUGAUCUGUGGAAGUUACUCUUCAAUGACGGUCUUGUUUACUUCUUGGUGACGUUUUCCUGCAAUUGUAUUCCUGCGGUGUUGAACAUUCUCAACCUGAACACACCCAUGAAUGUGAUUGCGACAGUGCCAGCUGCUUUAGUGUCGUCCAUCGCUUCCGGCCGCGCUGUAAUGCGUCUACUGGAUUUCCACUCGCAUGAUGUGUACGUCCACUCAAUGUCGGGCAUGUCUAGCGGCAAUACUCCGCCUCGUGCUCCUGCCCCAACAACGUUUGCGGUCUCUGUGGCAGCUCCUCCUUUGACGCGCCCGGAGGUUCACGUUACGACGGAACACUUUACCAUGCAUGAGUACCCGCGCGCUCAAUACCGUAAGAGUCAGGAUACCCAAAACUCCCUUGACCUCGAGGCGGGUUCAGAAUCCUAUAACGGUGUGAAGGGGGAGAGCGUCACGUCAAUUACUGACUUGCGAGCGCGAUAG